ACCGAAUCACAGCUACUCACUCGAGUACGACUUCUCUUAACGCAGAUUCGACUUCAACUUUAACUAGUAGGAAUGUAUCUCCUCAACUUAGUCAAAGGUCUUCACCUAUAACCUCAGAACCUCCAGAUAGUAUAUUUUCUUCGAGAAGAAAUACCGGAAAUUUCGAACCUUUACCGCCACCUUUAUAUUCCGAUUCGACAAUACAACCAUCACCAGACGGACCAUCAUUCACUCCUCUUAUCAGGAUUAAUAACGAUUCAGAUUCACCAAAAUUGUUUCAUCAACAAGAUCGAGAACAUCCUUCUGCUUCUACUCCAACUUUAGUAAUUCCAAAUACACCAUCCUUAACUGGUGAUGACGAUAAUAAUGGAUAUUUUGACAGUGAUGAACAUUUUAGGAGAGAACUAGCAAACUUUCGUGCAGGAAAUAGUAGUACAACUUCGUUAGCAUCAACCAUUGGUACUACUAGUGACUACCCUCCUGGUAGUUAUCCACCUUCGGUUUCGCAUGAGGAUUUGGCGAUAUAUGAUGAGAUAAAUGCUUAUUGCCAGCAACAACAGCAACAAUCUAUGCCACCUUUACCAUUUCUGUCAUUUAUGAGUCCUGACCUAGUUUCACCUGGUCAACAACAAUUAGAUGUUCAAUCUAAAUUAUGGCAACUAAUCCAUUUUUUCGCAAUGAUUAUUUUGGGUUUGCUUGUUAUUGGAACUGAAGUGUUUCGACGUGAUGGUACUUGGAGUCGAUUAGCUAUACUGAAUUCUAAAAAACCAGAUGAAAUUGUUGAUUCAGAUCGUGUAUCAAAUUUGUCAUUGUUUUGGUAUUUUGUAACUAUUGAGCUGAUCCUUCAAUCUUCUCGAUUAUUUUUACAAAAGGAUCGAACAUUUGGAAGCUCAGCACUAGGUACAAUAGCCGCGAAUUUACCACCACCACUUUCUGAUGUGCUUACGGUAUUAUUGAGAUAUAACUUGAUUUGGAAUAGUCUUUGGGAAGAUGUUUGUGUGUUAGUAUUUGUAGUUGGUUUCUAUGUGAUGAUUUCUCCGGUGCUAUCGAUUUUUUUGUGGUGA